UAUUGAUGUACUUGAGCUACCCAACACUCCAAUCUCCGAUCUAUGCAGCGGUUUAAUCUGGAGGAGGGCGUAAGGUUCGUUCAUUUUUCACGAAGAUAAAAAGGAUAUGGAAUUCGCCGGGAAAGAAGUGGUUGUCAUCUCCGGCUGUUCCGACGGAGGCAUAGGCCACUCCCUCGCCCUAGCCUUCGCCGAUCAGGGCUGUUUGGUAGUUGCAACCAGCAGGUCCCGCUCCUCAAUGGCGGAUCUGGAGCACGAUCCCAGGUUUUUCUUACAAGAACUCGAUGUCCUGUCCGACCAAAGCGUCGAGCGAUUAACGUCUCUUGUUAUCGAAAAAUUCGGUCGAAUCGAUAUUUUGGUGAACAACGCUGGCGUUCAAUGUAUUGGCCCUAUUGCCGAGGUUCAUCUUUCCGCUAUGCAGAACGCCUUCAAUACCAAUGUUUUCGGGACUAUGAGAUUGAUUCAAACCGUGGUUCCUCACAUGGCAUCACGAAGAAAGGGGAAGAUUGUGAAUUUGGGAAGUGUCACCGUAUUGGCGCCUCUUCCAUGGGCUGGUGCUUAUACCGCAUCCAAAGCUGCUAUUCAUUCCAUUUCUGACUGUCUGAGGAUGGAGCUCAAGCCCUUUGGAAUCGACGUUAUCAACGUUGUCCCAGGAGCCAUUAAAUCAAACAUUGGCAACUCUGCCAUUGCCGGCUUUAAUCAGAUGCCCGAGUUGAAGCUAUUCAAGCCCUUUGAAGCUGCAAUUUUAGCCAGAGCCAAUGCCUCGCAAGGCCCUAAAGCCACCCCUACUGCCGAGUUUGCCAAGAAGACGGUCGCCGCCAUUCUUAAAACGAAGCCAUCUCCUUGGUUCUCUUAUGGAGGCUAUUCCACCCUCAUGGCUGUUAUGUACCAUUUGCCGAUCUUCCUCAAGGACUUAAUUGUAGAAUUUCUCUCUAAACGAUUUUUGAAUAGCAAAAAAUAGUUGUGUGUAUAUGGUGAGAUAGAGGUGAAUCUGAUUCGAAUUGAUUUUAUAUUUGGUGAAAAUUAUGGUCAUUUUGUAAUAAAGAAUUAGAAAAUUACAAGAUUA